AUCUGGCUUUAGUGCGUUCGCUUAGUAAUAUAGCAAAGAUGUCCUUGCCGCGAGUUUACUUCGACAUUACCGCCGGAAACGAGAAGCUGGGACGUAUCGUCAUGGAGCUGCGCUCCGAUGUGGUGCCUAAGACGGCUGAGAACUUCCGCGCCCUGUGCACCGGCGAGAAGGGUUACGGCUACAAGGGCUCUCCCUUCCACCGUAUCAUACCCAACUUCAUGUGCCAAGGUGGGGACUUCACCAACCAGAACGGAACCGGCGGGCGCUCCAUCUACGGCAACAAGUUCCCCGACGAGAACUUCGAGCUGCAGCACACUGGACCGGGCAUCCUGUCGAUGGCCAAUGCUGGGGCCAACACCAACGGAUCGCAGUUCUUCAUCUGCACUAGCAAGACCAACUGGCUGGACCGGAAGCAUGUGGUCUUUGGCAAGGUCGUCGAGGGCAUGGAGAUUGUCCAAAAGGUCGAAUCGUACGGCUCCACCACUGGCAAGACCUCCGAGCCAGUCAUAAUUGAGGAUUGUGGCGCUCUAUAA